GGACCGCAGAUGGGGGAAUCCCCCUUCUAGGAUGACCAGGCUGCAAUGGAUGUGGAGAGGUUAACAUGUGACAGUUAAAUAUAAACAUAGAGUAUAAUAGUCCAGGUCCAAGAUGUGAUGCCAUUAGGACAGUUGGGCAGCCACGGGUCUUGAGAUGAUCACUAUCCCUCUGCUGCAGCGCCUCCAAGUGGAUUUAUCAGCUGCUGGGAUUUAUAACGAGGCCGUGGUCUUCCUCGUGUUUACAUGAAGGUUGCAGAGAGCACCGCUGAUAAUCAUCAUUUCUUCUCUUUUUCACUGUUGAUGUGUUCUUUUCAUUUCUUUAAUGAAAUGAGCACAAUGCCUCAAAUGUAUUUAUUUAUUUAUUGACUUUCCACUGUGAUGGCGGUCACCCCUAUGGAAAAUUCAACAAUGUAGCUCACAAAAAUCACCACAGAUCACACCGGUGUAUUAGCUAAGAAAUGUUCCCUCUCACGUGUAUGACGUCACAUGUCGUUCCCGUAAAUUAAUGACUUUAUUCUCCAAAUCUGGAGGUUUUAGUGGCCAUCGUGGUACAUACAUAUAUACAUAUAUACCACUGGCUCACCACUACAGGUGGUUAAUAAUUCUCCUGGCAUUCAAUUAAGAAGCCUCUGUUGAAAAGUGGAGAAAAAUAAUUUUUGGCUUUUUUGGUUGUAAUGUUAUUCCCAGUUUCCCCUCAUGUACGGCGGCCGGGAAGGGUCGGCUGCAGUGCUUCCGGUCUUCCAUCGCCAGGGGGCGAUAGCGUUUCCUUGGCGAACAUCUUGGGGGCAGCGAGGACCGUCUUUGCCGACGCGUCCUUGUUGUGUGUGCGUCUAAAGCAGUAAUUGGAGAAAAAAUAACAUGUCGCCGUGUCCGUCCUCUCACCCAGGAGCGAGGAUAGCACCACGCCGUGGACGUUAAACUCUCCUUUCGUCCCCUCCAGCUCCCUCGGAGGGUUAGCAUACAAGCUUGCUAGCAGCUCCUCUCGGGCUAGCCGGCUCUUAGCGGCAGCUGCAUCCGCCCGGAGUGUCACUGCAGUCGGGCUCAGAUGAGGCAGCCCGCUGGGUAGAGCCAGGCUGCCGUCGGUGUGUGUCACCGCUUCUGGACCAGCUAACCCCCCCGAAAACAAAGACAGGACGGUUGAUAUGGAAUGGUGCAUGCCGCUGGGCCAAGUUUGAAUACAACCGGAAUCAUGGACGGUCAUCCACUGUGCACCAGACUUUGUCCACACACGCUGGACAAAGAAGACGGCGUGGAGAGACAAGGUCCAGUCACGCUCAACCCUCGCCACAUGAGGAAGGCUUUCAAAGUCAUGAACGAACUGCGCAGCCAGAGCCUGCUGUGCGAUGUGACGAUAGUGGCGGAGGACGUGGAGAUUGGCGCUCACAGAGUGGUCCUGGCCGCCGGGAGCCCUUACUUCCACGCCAUGUUCACGGGAGAGAUGGCGGAGAGCCGAGCCAAGCGAGUGAGGAUAAAGGAGAUGGACGGGUGGACGCUGGGGCUGCUGGUGGACUACAUCUACACGGCUGAGAUGCAGGUCACUGAGGACAACGUGCAGGCUCUGCUGCCGGCCGCGGGUCUCCUCCAGCUGAACGAGGUGAAGAAGGCGUGCUGCGACUUCCUGAGCUCUCAGCUCCACCCCUCCAACUGUCUGGGCAUACGAGCCUUCGCCGACCUGCACGCCUGCUCGCAGCUCCUCACGCAGGCCAACAGCUACGCAGAGCAACAUUUCACCGAGGUGGUGGGGAGCGAGGAGUUCCUCAAUCUGGGCAUGGAGCAGGUUUCCAGCCUCAUCUCCAGCGACAAACUCAGCAUUCCCACGGAGGAGAAGGUCUUUGAAUCCGUCAUCGCUUGGGUCAACCACGACAAAGAUGUCCGCCAGGAGCACCUGGCUCACCUGAUGGAGCAUGUGCGCCUGCCCCUCCUCUCCAGAGAAUACCUGGUGCAGCGGGUGGAGGAGGAGUCUCUGAUUAAGAACAGCAGCGCCUGCAAGGACUACCUGAUCGAGGCCAUGAAGUACCACCUGCUGCCCGCUGACCAGCGAGCACUGAUGAAGACGGCGCGUACGCGCAUGAGGACCCCCGCCUGCUGUCCCAAGGUGAUGGUGGUGGUCGGGGGGCAAGCCCCCAAGGCCAUCCGGAGUGUGGAGUGCUACGACUUUGAGGAGCAGAGGUGGUACCAGGUGGCCGAGCUCCCCACCAGGAGGUGCAGAGCAGGGGUGGUGUACGUGGGCGGUUGCGUCUACGCCGUCGGGGGCUUCAACGGUUCCCUGCGUGUGCGCACGGUCGACUGCUACGACCCCAUGAUGGACCGCUGGACCAGCGUGAGCAGCAUGCAGGACCGCCGGUCCACGCUGGGGGCCGCCGUGCUCAGCGGGCUGCUCUACGCCGUGGGGGGGUUUGACGGAAGCACAGGGCUGGCCACGGUGGAAGCGUACAACGCCAAGACGGACGAGUGGUUCCACGUGCUGCCCAUGAGUACGCGGCGUAGCAGCGUGGGAGUGGGCGUCGUGAACGGCAUCCUGUACGCGGUGGGAGGUUACGACGGCGCCACCAGGCAGUGUCUGAGCACGGUCGAGGCCUACAACCCGAAAAGCAACACGUGGAGCUACAUUGCCGAGAUGGGCACGCGACGCAGCGGCGCAGGCGUGGGCGUGCUGAAAGGCUUCCUCUACGCCGUGGGCGGCCACGAUGGCCCUCUGGUGAGGAAAAGCUGCGAAGUGUACGACCCGACCGCCAACAGCUGGCGGCAGGUGGCCGACAUGAACAUGUGUCGCCGCAAUGCGGGCGUGUGCGCCAUCAACAACCUGCUCUACGUGGUGGGCGGCGAUGACGGCAGCUGCAACCUGGCCUCGGUGGAGUUCUACAACCCCAACUCGGACAAAUGGACGCUGCUGCCCAGCUGCAUGAGCACGGGCCGCAGUUAUGCAGGUGUGACGGUGAUCGACAAGCCCUUAUGACUGCCGGCGACGUCUGCCACCGGUUAGAAGCUGAAACGCAUUCCGCCGAGUUCUGAUCUGGGAUCUGUGGUUGUCCAACGCCUCCGUUUGGGGCGCACGGGGCGCUGACGUGCCAGACGAUUGGAGGUGUUGCUAGUGAUGAUGACGACGGUGAAGGGUUUUUUUGCACUUACCGGGGCCGUCGGGGAGGUGGAGCCUGUGGUGUUUUAACCCGUCACGGGCGGAGCGGUGGUGUCGGCGAAUCACUACUGACAGGAAGCUGGUAAAACUGCAGUAACUAAACGUGAAUCGUGUUGACAACAGGAGGGGGCGGGACUAGCUGGUCUCAUCGCCACGGGGGUCACCGUGUUUUUGUGUGCUUGCCUUUCAAGGUUCCUCACUGCUUGCCAACGUGAGCCUGGUGUGUGUGCGUGUGUGUGUGUGUGCGUGUGUGUGUGUGCGUGUGUGUGUGUGUGCGUGUGCAUUCUGCAUGGAUGCAAUACAUGUGGCCUCUGACCUUUUGUGUUGUUUUUACGAGAGCGCCUGAAUGUGACAGGAUCCCCUGGCUGCUUCCUCCCACCCGUCUCUGAUGCCUUUAGCGGCACGAUGGGGCCGCCGGGCUGGAGGUCAGCCACACCGACCAAUUACAGAAGGCUUUAUGUGGUGUUUGGCACCCAAGCGUAUUUUCUCUGAGGGAGGAGAAGCCUUAACCAAGACGUUCCCAAACGCAUGCCAGCCUAUAGCGGGCUGGAGGAUGUAUCAGUGCUGUACUGUUAGCGGGCAGUCAUGUUUGCUCUGAACAUUAACACCGCAUGCUCCCCGAGCUCACCCCCUAUGAACUGACAUAUUAUGAAUGUGCCAUUCUCUUUAUUUCAGGAAAGUGACCAAACGUCGACACUUUUUACGUUGCCCUGCUUCAUGAUUGCUCUUUUUUGUUCUGUGGAAAACUUGCUGUCCUAGUGACUGGUGUUGCUGUGUUCUUCUUGUCGGUGUAUCGAGGAAUGUCCGUGUUGGCUAAUGACUUUGAAUAUGUUUCAUUACAUGUUUUAUAUAUCGUUAAUAAAUAUGAAUGAUAUGCUUCUUGUAUUUUAAAAAGCUGUGAAAUGACAAGACAAGUGAUCCGUUUUUAAAACUUUGCCAAAUCAGUAAACUAU